AUGUUGCUGUCCCAACCCUAUACGCACCCUGUUCCCCUCACGACUCCUCUCCCUCUCUGCUUCGCACAUUUUGGCCACCGGUGUCCCAGAAUCGCAGCUCACCCGUUUGGGCCGCGGUGGAGGCCCCUGUUCAGGUUCUCCUCUUUCGCUUCUCGCGCGCCACCUAUCUUCGCCUCAUCGACGUCGAAUGAGGAGCUUCUUCAAGCCCUGGUUGGUUACGACGGCCGGGAAGACGAGGGCAGGAGCCACCUUCCCGCUGUGAGGACCUAUGAGAACGACCUUGCCAGUUUCACGCUCAUUGGAGUCGUCAAUUUCAACCAGGCUCUGACGGCUGCAGCUGCUGAUGGCGGCGAUGCAGCAGAGGAGCACCUGUCGUCCGGCCUGCCUACCAUGGUUAUUGAGACUGUAUACACUGGCUCUAGUGCACAUAGCACGGUGUCCACCCGUCUGGUCAGUUAGUUCUCUCUCUCUUUUCUUUCAAUCCAACCUAAACAGUUAACUUCUGUAGGACCAUUUAGGAACUUGUGGAAUCAAAAGUUUAUGUUCUUGUAUGAACGGGUCUUACCCUUAUUUAACAGUUUUUACCGUCCAGAGAGGUCAAGGAGAAAGCUAAAAAGAUUAGGGGUAGUCUCGCAGACGAUAUCUUCUCCGGCACCGCGAGUAGAAAUAUCCUUGCCAUGACAUUCAGACAAGUAAUGCUGCAUCGCGUUCUGAGUUUUGAGCUUGCGUUGUUUCCUCCUGGACGUCAGAGGGACAUGGAAAAUCUUGGCAGCCCCAGAGAGGUCACAAACAGAUGUACCAUCUUUUUUAUGCUUUUUUUUUUCACUCUCCUUUUCCCUAGUAUCAACUUCAUAGCUUUGGUUUCAGAUUCCAACCGAGUUGUGCAUAAGCUCCGAAAAUCUUUCAGUAAUCGCUGCUCUUGCCGAGGCCAUCUGCUCUUGUGCUCUUGAAUGCACAAAACGGACCUACCUCCAAGUUGAAGGAGGGGCGGGUUCAAGUAUUGUUUCUGGUUGGUUCCAAAAGCCCCAAAGGACUGCCUCUUCUGAUUCAACUGUUUGCGUAUAUAGUAUUCCUCCAAAUCAGAUUAUUGAAAAUGCCCAAAAAAGGUUAGAUGAUUUUAUUUCAAUGAAAGGGAGGCCAUCUAAGGAAAAGAGAAAAGCUAAGCACAAUUUGUGGGCACCACCGACAUAUUCGAACCUUGAUAAGAUCGGAGGUACUGGAUUUAGUGAUUGGACAAAUGAGUAUAUACCUGCCUAUAGGCUUCAAGUUGACGGUAAAAACCUCAAAGAUGUGAAGUUCAAAGGUUGGCAAAAGUUGCCUGAAGAUAGGUGGGAAGUUCUUUUGACCCACUUUCAACUGGUAUUUUCUUCUUUCCUCGUACUCAGCCUGUUUGAAUCUUGGACUAAGCUUAUUUUUAUGUUUUUUAUGAGUUCAUGAAAUCAUGUAACUUUCAUUGUAUGAAUGCAAAUAUUCUGUGAAAUCAUGAUUUCCUUAAUUCAUUUUCAUGCAUAUUUCAUUAUCGUGUCACUCUCAUGCUUUUAGAAAAUGUUAUUAUUUUCCGUGAAGAAUAAUAAGAGGGGAGUUGAAAAGUAGUCCUUGAAGUCAGAUGAUUCAAUUAUGUAAUAAAUAACUUUAGUUAUAAUCGUUUGGUUAGCAGUCAUUGAGUACUAAGGGCAACAUGCUUCAUUGUAGGUCUCUCUAUGUUUUCUGCCUUUUCGUUUCCUUUAGGUCUUUAGUUGUUUUUUUUCCUGAGAGAAUGUGCCGUAAAUUUUCCUUUGUCCCACGCAUCACUUUAUGUUAUGUACUCAAUCAAGUAGAAUGAUUCCUCAUUCUUCUUUGCCAACUACUUCUUUGGAACCCGAAUUAACUUUGCCUUCUUAAUGUGGUAUUUUUUGGGUACAUCAUUUGAUGUAAAUUUGUCAUUUGAGAUUUCAAUUUAGCAGCAAAAGCUUUCAAAGCUAUUGAUUCUCCAUUUAUAGGCACUUUAGAUGAUGACAAUGUUUGAAAAUUAAAAAAAUAUUUAUUAUUGCAGGUUGAAUUGGCAGACAUCAUGGAUAUGUAUUACGAAGAUCAAUAUACACUUCCAACUAAACAGCUUUCAUCCAGUCUGAUUGCACAGGUUUCAAAUCGAACCAAGAGCGAGGUAGUCUUUUCUCUCAAAUAUAUGCAGUAUUAGUAGUCAUAAAGUCGGGGUAUUUAUGCAUAGGGGAUGAAGGCUUUCCAUGGGAUUAUGCUUCGGUAACUCAGUCAUGUCAUAUGCGCAUCAUCUGCUCGAUUUAGUGCGCAUAAUUCAAGCAUUUGAAUUAAUGCUUACCUUUAAGUUAGUGGCCUUGACAAUCCCUCAACUAAUGGCAGAGAAAAUUUUCGUGGAAAAUGGCAUCUGUGAUACUGCUCGGUGGCUGUGUUCUGGUUUCUCUUAGAAUCAUGGCACAAAUUCGGGGGCAAAACCUCUUCGCGGCAAGAAUUUCUUCAGUUCCCUCAGGAACAACAGUAUCAGAAACUGACUACUUCCAGCCCCUGAUUCUUGACGAUGACAAGGUACAUUACCAACGCCAACGUUGCCUCAAUGGGUUUAAUGACCAUGGGUCAGCACUGGGUCAUUUUUUUACAUCUCAAUAUCAUUUUGUUUUGAACUCUAAUAAUUUGUUUCCAAAUAUUGGGAUGCACAGUACGAAGCUCUAUGCCUCUCUGUUGUCCAAAGGAUUCAGGAUGCGGUUGGCCGGCAUGGACAUAUAUCUGUUGACAGGGAUGUUGGAGCGUGGGUGGGAGAGAUUCCGAGUUGCUUGAGUAAGCUACAUAUCUCAGAGUCUGCUCACGGUGUUUCAGAGAAAGAAGUCCCUGCACGCUCCUUUGACAGCGAUAUGCCAGUUCCGAGAGAAUUGUCUACUAGUGAACUGUCUGCAUCCCAGAAAAACAGUGAAGAAGACAUGGCUUCGUCUACACAGGAUAUUGCCAGUUACCAGGUAUUUUAAAUGAAUAUUCCCCUUGGCUUGCUUGUUUAGCGUCUGGUGAUUGUUAUUUUUAUCUUGCUGAAUGAGGAAUAUUCUAUCACAUUAGUCUAAUUAAUAUCCUCCUCAUCAUAGAAUCUUGUCUACUUUGUAUCUCACUGAUAGAUAUAUCUGAACUAUUUCUUCAUCUCUUCGUCAGUGAAGGGCAUUUCGUGGUGCAUUCAUUUCUUCAAAAAGAUAUUUACACAACUUUAAAGAAUCUUCAUUUUGCCUUCAACGUACAGGUUGCGUUAUCAAGGGAUGGCAAGGUACUGGGCUUCCAACCCACCAGUCGUACUGCAGUUCCUCACUGGGCUUCCAAUCCCCUUGCAGGGGCUCUUUAUGAAGGGAAGAAACUUUCGCCAGGUGAACAAUUGCCCCAAAUGGUUAUAAUAAUGGAAAACAUAUAUUUAAAAUCAAAAUAUUUUCAGAUUUGUGACCAAUCAUGUUGUCUCCUGAAUAGGCAUCCUGGAGCCAAACGUUAAGAUUCCUCAGCCGCGUGAGGUAGUGCUAGUUGAGCUCUUGAUGUCGGUAAAUCCUGAUUCCUGGUUUGUGCUAGCAAGACCAAUUCAAUGA